AUGAGCCAAGCACCACCGCGUCAAAAGACGACAGCUCCUGCUUCAAGUCAGAGCAGUGGAAAUAUGACUGCUCGACGAAAGCAAGGAGCAAAUUUGCAAUUUGAAGCUAUGAAAAGCACUGCUAUUCCAUCACUAUUUGAUAUGUGUGCUAAAUUAUUGCAAUCUCAGGUCGAUUGCUUACCUGUUUUGGAAAAUGUUGAGGAUGUCAUUGUCCAGCGUAUUCUGUCAGCCUGCGACGCUCCAAAGCUUGAUGAAAUUGAAACUAAGAAUGAGAACGCAGGUGUAAACCUAAAUACGGAUGAUCUUUGGAGAAUAUUGACUAUACGAGAUUUUGGAGGAGCUUUUGACAAAGGAAAUGGUACUUGGAAAGAACUGUACAAUAAGCUAAAUCAAGAGAAAAUGGCACGAGAAAAAAAACUUCGUGAAAUUAAGGAAUCGAACAAGGUUGAAAAAAAGGGUUCAAGAAUAAUUUCUGGUAGUACUGCUGCUGCUAGUGUGAACAACAAACAUUCAAAGGAGAAACACACGACUCAAACCAUAGAUCCCGUGGUUGCUCGCAGAGCGUCAUCCAAUACCAUUAGAAAUAGUAGCAGUAGAUCACGCUCCUCAUCCUCGUCAUCUUCUAAAAGUAGAAGCGCGUCAACAACAACAACAGCCACGACCAAGAAGAGCAAACUGUGGACUAAAUCUUUGGGAGAGACAUCAACAGCACGUAAAUCAAAAGAAUCUACCACUACUACAGCACCUCAGAAGAUUUUCACACCAGGAAAGCCUCCAUCAACAAUUGUGACAACAGACUUCAAUGCUGAUCGAUACAAAUCAAACUAUGCCAAGUCGUCUGUGGGAAGUGUACACGUCUCCCCUGUCAUUAUGAAACAACCAGUGUUCAGAGCAGCAAGUAAUAUUGAUUUUACAAGACAACGUCCAUCAUCCCCUCCCACAUCAGAUUCCAUAGCCACUGAUUCACCCCUUGUGUCACCUUCGUAUGUGGACAGCAUGUUUUGUAAGGAAACAUCCAAGAGAAUGGAAAAAUUGAAACGACAAACUGAAAAUGAUUCUGCCAGACGUCAAACACAUGUCCCAACAAAGAACCAUGCCACCAGUACUGUACCAUCAAAACAACAGCGCCCACCUCCUUCCUCCCAUAAUUCUUCAUCUCUUGCUCCUCCCCAGAAAAAAGUCAAACCAACAGAGCAACCCUCGCAUUCUAACUUUGCUGGCUCAGCUUCAAAUUCCCUCAACUUUACCAUUCCAAAGAAGAAAAAGUAA